AUCAAGGUGUGUUGCAUUGAAAAUUAAAAUAAAAUUUAACUAUAUGGAUGUACACUUACGUCUACAGGACAGAGUUUAGUCUAUGCUUGUACCUGGUGUUCUCAACAUUGAGGAAGUAGGUAGUAAUGACAGGCCGCUAAUUAACAUUACUUCCUACAAAUGUAGCUUACAUAGUAGCCAAAAAAACAUACAGGGUUUUCCUGCUCAGUUUCCAGAGUCCAACAUAGUACAUAGCUGCAGUACCAGAGGCUGCAUUUACAGGACCCUGUUUUUUUGUGACAGCUUCACCCAGUGAAUUGGAGGGGGUCAUGCGCAGCAACACAAAGGACAAUAGGCUUCAUGGCCGAUGUGACCAGCUGUAGGGUUUACUGGUCAACAUGCAUACAAUCACCGACAUACAGUCGCAGGAAAAAGUAUGUGAACGCUUUGGAAUUACCUGGAUUUCUGCAUAAAUUGGCCACAAAAUGGAAACAAACACAGACCUGGUUUCAAAAAAUGUGGACCUCACUAAUUUCCAAACCCUGGUUGCGACCCUGUGUUUAACUCUACGUCUUCAGUCCAAUGGAUCAUUUAUUGCAACUUUGUUACUGGUUCAAACUGAAGAAAACAAACUGUAAUGUUUGAUGGUUGUUUUUCUCUCCUCUGACCUAAAGACACAGUGCUUGACGAUGAUGUCCAUGAAGAUGUGGUAUCUCUUGCUCCUCGCUGCCUUCCUGCCCAUUGUUCCCACAGUGGCUGAAGUGGUGAAGUCGGUGUCCGACUGUGACCAGUUUCUCUUUGAAGCAAAGCCACCUCGGGUCCCAGGCAUCUUGGAAGGCGGGAAAAUUCUGAAUCAGACCCGAUACAAAGUCAUAUGUCAGACUUAUAAAGAUGAGAGAAAGUUUCUGACGCUCUAUGACACAGAGUACAAGAUUCCAGUGUUUUCUGCUUUAAAGUACACAGGGGCAAAACACAAGGAAACCUCUGAUAUCCCUUGGAAGAUAGAGCCCCAGCUUGAAAACGGAAAAGACAAGAACAUGUGUGAUGUAGACCAAGACAAGACUUACACCAACCAGGCUGGGGACAAAGAUUACAGAAACAACAAAAGGUUUGACAGGGGCCAGUUGAUUCGAAGCUCUCACGGGUCCCAGAUAUCUGACAAAAACUCCACCUUUACCCUGACCAACAUCGUUCCACAAGCAAAAUCAUUUAACCAGAAAAGCUGGAAAAGAAUCGAGAAGCGCGCCAAACAUGUUGUGGACGAUUACUGCACAGACAACAAUGGUGUUACUGAAGCCUAUGUGGUUACUGGAGCAAUACCAAACGACAACAACAACAAACUCAACAACAGGGUUAAUAUUCCCUCCAAGCUCUGGUCAGCAUUCUGCUGCUACAGCCCCAAAGUGAAGAUACUGAUCACAAUGGCAUACUGGGCCGACAAUUCUCCUGAAACCAAAUAUGUGCCCACUAACACUCUGGCAGAACUCAAACAAGAACUGGGGAUAGAUGUGUUUCCUGAAACAAAAUGUCCUGUUUCUUAGUUUUUCACAAACAAUCCCAAUUGCCCAUGUCGCUCUACCUCACUUAUUUGCCUCCCAUUUAACAUCUGCCCCUGUCACUACAACAUCUGGUCCACUAUAUCUAGGACAGCCACAUCUACACCUGUUGGGGUUCUACCUGUAUGAGGAAAAUAUACAACUCUAGUGAAACAUUGGGAAAUUCGAACAAAGCCUUCAAUCCGUGAUUUUAUAGUUAUGUUUAAGAUUCAAGGAAAUUAGUCAGCAGCUAACAUGUAGGCUAGGGGUAUAUAUGUAUAAAAAUAAGUAAUCGCAUUCAUUAUAAAGAACGUAAAUGCAUAAUUAACAACCUGAGAAUUGUUCUGUCAAAAGCUAAUCUUUUUAUGUUUUUGUUUUUUUCCUUUGUUACAAUUAUGGGCCUCUGAAUAGGAGAACGUGUCCUUUGCAUGGCUUCAGAUGAAAGACACUAAGUAAAUCUACAUGAUUUGUAGAAUGUGCAUGAAAUAAACUUUACAGUGAAUUAAACUGA